CCCCUGCCGCCAGUGCCUCGCCAUGAGAGGAUCCGCCGUCGUGGUGGCCGCCCUGGUCACGCUGCAGCUCGCCUCCUGCGCGGCUCUCUACCCUGAUACUUUCUACCGUAAGCUGCGGCUCAGCAAUAGCCACAGGAACCUGGUCAAGAACGCCCGCACGAUGACCCUCGACCCACCCGCAGCUCUUGGCACUGAGUCCGGUGAGACUGAGGGCCGUCAGCUUGAUGGCGAGCCUGACGCGAGCACGGACGCCCCGGCCGAGGCUGACACGGAGGCGCCGGAAGAAGCCACGGAGGCGCCAGUGGUGUGCGGAGGUGAGGUCCCGACGCUUCUCGAGACCGGCGAGGUAAGAGAGGACAAACUGCUCAUUAACACGACUGUGGAGACUCCCGGCUACGGCGGGGAGGGCUACCCGGCAGACCUCGAGUGCAUCUGGAACGUCAAUGUUGAGAGCGGCUGUGCGCUGGGAUUCGUGAUCUGGAAUAUAGAUUCCGGCCACAUCCGCCCGACCAGGGGCUGCUCGGACGACUUCGUGGAGAUGGGCUUUGACGGAGCCUACACCGAAAAGUACUGCGGGACUAUAAAUGGAAAAUCAGGCGUGAAGCUUUGGAGUGAGUCUGUAAAUGGCGAACGCUCUCUGAACAUUCGUUUUUUGGCCGGAACGCGCAGGGGAAAUGCAGGUGGAGGAAAAGGCAUCAAGAUUUACAUCACCGGUUUCUGCAGUAUUUAUUCUGAUGAGUAUGUGGCAGCAGCAGAAGCAACGGCAGAGACGGCGACGGAGGCGGUGGCGGAGGAUGCCACGCAGAGGAGUGAUCUGGACUUGGACUACAACGAAGACGCAGUCGGGGAAGAGGUGUUCUAGUUCGUUCAAGAGAUGAUCGACCCUUUCGCUUUCGUUGUCCAUCCUUGUCAAGAGAAAAAGAACUCGAGCCUGGUGAUACAUUGCGAGAAAAAAGGCAAAUAGGAAA